UGACGCCAUGUUGAAUUCUUUAUUAAUCUAUAUCUGUAUUUUUAACUUCCUGUUCCUGAAUUUCAUUUUCUUGUGGAAAUAAAAUAUAAAACUCGAGUUUAUUAUUAGAAACGUUUUUAAAAUAACGUCUGGCCAUGUCGGACCGUAAGCGUUUGCUCAACGAUCUUAGAGUAAUCGAUUUGCGCGCUGAGUUAGAAAAACGUAACCUAGACAAGAGUGGCGUACGCGGUGUGCUCUUACAACGCCUAUCAAAGCAUUUAGAGGAAGAGGGAGAGGAUCCCACAACAUUCAAGUUUGAUCUUGCCACAGAGAAUAAAACACCAUCAAAAAGAACACGAAGAUCCGAAAGUGCUAUAGAACAAGAGUCUGAAGAUACUCCAGCUAUGGAGGAUAUGAUCGUACAAGAUGAUGCCGGGGAGGAAGAAGAGACCGAACAGACUGAUUCUCAUCAGGAUAGUAAAACAAAUGAAGAUGAACAAAAAUUAUUUGACGAGAAAAUGGAUAUUGAUGAAAAAGUUUGUAGAAAACGAGACAUAAAAGAUGAUCCGGAAGCUAGCCAACCGAAAAAGCUCUGUAUAGAAAAAGAAAUUAAAUGUGAAGAUGAUCAUAAAAUUGAGAAUAACACAGAUGCUGAGGAUAGCAUCAAUCUUGAUCUUGGCGAAGAUGAACUGCUCAAUGAAGAGACUGACAACACAACUAAACCCAACAAAAUAGAUGAGGCGACGCUCGAGACCAAGAUGGAGGCAGCUAGCGACGAGUCGGCGCCCACUGUCACCGCCUCGUCCGGUGUUGCCGCGCCUGCUGACGACCAACAUCAAGUAAACGCCGAAGCCCCCGCCACUAGCAAUAAUGAAAAAAAUGAUAAGGACACUAAAGAUGAGAAAGAUAAAGAAGCUGACAGUGAAAAAAAAGAUAAAAAAGAUGAAAAUAAAGAAGGUGGUGCUCGUAAUUUAUGGGUCAGUGGUUUGUCGGGAGACACGCGAGCUAAAGACCUAAAACAGUUAUGUAGCAAACAUGGAAAGGUAAUUGGAGCCAAAGUAGUGACUAAUGCUAGAACACCAGGGUCCCGAUGCUAUGGAUAUGUGACUAUGGCUAGUGCUCAGGAUGCCGAAAACUGCAUUAAGAACUUACAUAGAACUGAGCUGCACGGUCGAAUGAUCUCUGUAGAGAAAGCUAAAUCCGAAUCGGAGUCCUCAUCACGUCGACAACCAUCUAGAGCUGAACGUCAUCCAAGCAAAGAUCACAAAGAUGAUACAAAAGAAAACGAGGACAGUAAAGAAGUAGAGAAAAAUGAUGAGAACAAAUUAAAGAAGGAUGAAGAAAUGUCAGGAGCGGAAAGCACACGAUCCAACUCAGGAACGCGAGAAAAGUCACAUCGAUCUGAUAAAGAUAAGAUGCGACGAAGUACCAGGAGCCGUGAACGAAGGAGGUCACCUAGAGAAGUUCUAUCUUUUUCUAAGAUAUGGAAGGAGCGCGACGUGGCGCGUGCACGGGACCGGUCGCGGGCGGCGCGCGAGGAGGAGCGGCGGCGGCGCGCGGCCGAGGACGCGCUGCGCGAGCGCGAGCGGCGCCAGCGGCAGGAGAAGCACCGCCUCGCGCUCGAGCGGGACAAGCUGCGCGCGGAGAGGGAAAAAAUUGAACGCGAGAAAAAUGAACUAUUACGAUUAGAACGUGAAAGACAUCGGUUGGAGAGAGAAAAACUAGAACUGGAACGACUGGAACUGAAGAGAGCACAGUUGAGAUUGGAGGAAGAACGUCGCAAACGCGGCUACGAGAGCAGCGCGACGUACCGCAAGCCGGCGUCGUCGCCGCCGCCCGAGCCCGCCUACGAGCGCGAGCCGCGACACAAGCGCCCGCCGCCGCCGCCCAUGUCAUCAAGUCGAGGCCAGUUUGAAGCUCCACCACCACCACGUUUCGAGAUGGGCGCAAACUACGAUCGUGGUGCGGACAAGAGAGACCGAGAUCGUGACUACAAGAGAGAAUAUCCCAGACAUGUCUCAUCUAAUAGCAUGAAAUAUCCUAGUAAUGGUAGUUCCAAUGACGAUGCCCGACAACCGUUACCACCAGGCGCCAGACCUAAAGAACCUAGUCGAUCUUACGAAUCUCGCGACAAUAGAUCAUACCGCCCAUCUCCUCCAAGCAAACCAGAGCCUCGCAGUUGGAACACCUCCAGCCGAUAUCCUGACGCAGCACCGCCGUCUAAAGGCGCGGUGGUGGCGCGGGCGGGCGGCGGCGAGAGCUGGGCGGGCGGCGGCGGCGACGCGCGCUACGGCGCCUACGAGGCGCGCUACCCGCCGCAGUACCAGCCGCCGCCGCCCGGCGCGCCCUACCCCGACCGGUACGCGCCCCAGGCCAGGGACUACCCGCGCAAGUACUAGCCACACAGGUUAGAGGUCACCAUUGUAAUAUAAUUAUAGAUUAAGUUUAGUUAUUAUAUAUAAUAAUAAUAUGAUACAACUAUAAAAUGCCUUUAUUUUCGAUAUGUACAUUAUCAAUAAAAUGUAUGAAGUAAAUCAUUCCUUUUGACUUUUGUAGAGUAAGCACGAGUUUAUAUUUUGUUUGUUUCCUUCAUGACUAAAUUGUUAAGGAGAUUGUAAAAAUGGCUAUAAUAAUAAGUGACUUGUAGUCAGUCCAAAUUAUCUGAGUUAUCAGAGUGAUGUCAUAAUUACAUAGUUUAAGUUUAUUGAUAUUAGUAAAUGUUUUCUAAAGAUAACAUUUUGUUUUACUACAAGCAAUAAUUUUUUGUGACAUUCUUGAUUUCAUGGCUUUAAUAUAAAGUUUUGUCAGGAGUAUUUUUAUAGAAGUAAUUCAUAUUUCCAUAAUUUCAGUCAAAUGUAGCUUAUACACUGGUAAUUAAUACAUUAUAAAUCCACUGGAUACUAAUAAGACAACUCCAGGUUAUUUUAUUAAAAAGUACUUUUUUAAAUUAACUCAUAUUAAAGAAAAACUGAAAGGAUGCAAGUACUGUUGCCUAGACGCCAAUAGGCGAUAAGCGUCAGCUUGACCUCCAUGGGGUUACCCCCUUAAGCCAUGGUGGUGAAUUUGUAACAGCGAGCUGACUACCUUAUUGUUACAUCGUUCCUUUAAAUUAUCACCCACUAUAAAAUCAUACCAACAAUCUAUAACAAAGUACAGAUAUUGUCUGAACUCACACUAUAUAUUAAAUAAAACUCAUGUUUAACAUCAAUAACUUUAUUGAUUUAAUCUCUUAAGUCUAUCACAAAUUAAAAUGUAUCAUAUACAACAUGUAACAAUAUUAAGACAAUCUCUUAAUUUGUUCAA